AUGAAAUGCAAAGGAAAAGAGAUCAAGGCGAAUCUGGCUAUGAGAUCUGACAUUUCAGAAGCCAACUUCUAUCUUUCUCCCCAACCAAGUAACGGUGGCUUUGUCUACGAAGAUGCAAUGGGAUUCCAGACAGGUCCCUUCUGUUCCCCAAGGGGUACCGCACCUCUACUGACGGAAGUUACCUCUGUGAGCGGAAAUGAAGCAACUCCUCAAUCAACACAAUUUCUUACUGCAAACACGACUACUGCUAUUCCAGAUGGUGUCAUCCGUUUAGCCUGUCUUCCUGCAAAACAGUCGCAUACACUGGCGAGAUGCAAUUUCAUCGGACAGAAAAAAUUGAUAGCAUAA